UGUCCGGGCCCCUUCUCCGGGCUAUUUCUUUUUCUUUUCUUUUCUUAUUUCUUUUUCUUUUUUUUAGAACUUUCCCGGAGCAGAAAAGGCGUGAACGAGGUCACAUCGAGUUCAGUCCGGAGCCUCAAAGCCACACUGCUGCAGUUGUUCACAAACACCGGAUUACUGCUGGGGAAAUAAAGAAGGGAAAGGCUUUUGUACCUACUAUGGACAGUGUGCUCGACAAUUUUACAAAAACUGAGUUCAUCAGCAUUUGUGUUCAAAAUCCAAGGCUUGUCAAAGAAGAUUGGCUAACACAUGUAGACUACGAGAUCUGUUUACAUUCCAAUAGCAUGUGUUUUCGAAAGGCGGCUUCCUGUGUAAGGCGACGUUACAGUGAGUUUGUUUGGCUGCGUCAUUCUCUGGAACAGAACGCUCUGAUCAUAGAAUUACCCAAGUUGCCGCCCCGGAUCCCGUUCUUCAGCCUGAGGAACACAGAGCAGGUCGUACAGCGGAUGAAGGGCAUGCAGGCGUUCUUAGAAAUUGUUCUUCAAUCACCUUUGUUGCUAUCGGACAGUCGACUCCAUCUGUUCCUCCAGUCAGAACUCAGCAUCACAAAGAUUGAAAAGUGUGUGCGUGGUAAGACUAGGUACACAGUGGCUGAAGCCAUACAGCGUUCCAACAGCGGCUACAUUAGCAGAUUAGAGGACAAGGCCUCCUGUGACUCUGACUGUCACUCUGACUGUGAAAGCUCUUCAUCGUCGGGCUUUGGACAAAGUGUAGACACUCCAUUGCAAGGAAGCCCAGUCUCUUCGAAUCCCCUCAGAGACCCAGAGCUGUGCAGUUGUCUUUCAGAAUCAUAACCCCACUGAUUGCGCUCUGAUGCACUGCAAUUGUACUUGACCACACGUCCCCUGUCCUCAAUGUUUGUGAUACUCUGUGGAACUCUUGUUUUUCUUAACUAACUUCCGAAGACCAAAAAGAUUUGUUUUACUUGUUAACUUCAUUAUUUCCUCCUUAUGACAUUUAUUUUAAUUGUUUUCAUUUUCUCUUAAACAAAUAAUUGGGUCAUUUAAUUGUACUUGGAAAAUACUCAUGUUUUUUUAAAAAUUGUACAGUAAAGCUACAUUUAUAAUGGCAAAUUCUUAAAAUAUUCCCUAUGUAUAUUUUUUAUAUGCACUGAACUGAGGUUAGCGAGGGAUGUGUUUUGAAUAGUUUGUUUUAAAAAUAUUUGUACUUUUAUGAUUGUUAAUGGAUGAAUAAAUUGUGUUUUGACGAAAAACAAGAC